AGCUCAUGAGUUGUUCUCCAAUGACAGAGCACCCAACACAACGUCAGGGUCUGGCGUUACAUUUGCCUUCUACCAAAGUUGUACAUUCAGAGCCGAGCCCUCCAACGUGGCGAUCUCCCAAGCACCCGAAGAUCCGCGGGAUAAAAAUAUUACUGCAGAGGGAACGACUGGAUUAUUAACUAAAUCGAUAACACAGAGGCUGCCAGUCGAAAAUUAGCGGUUUAAGCAGAAAACUACUACAGGGCAACUCCCCCUGAAACGGGCUGUAAGAUGGAGAAGCCGCCAUUGCCCAAUGAUGAGAAUGGGAGUGUUUUGGCUGAGAGUCGAUCAGGCAUGGCUCUAGUGUUGGCGGAUGAAGAAGGGUCUUCGGGUGCGGAUGUGCAAGAGGACGACAGGCCAGCGUGGGACAGUAAGCUGCAGUAUGUGCUUGCCCAGGUGGGCUUUAGCGUUGGCCUGGGCAAUGUCUGGAGGUUCCCCUAUCUCUGCCACCAAAAUGGAGGAGGUGCCUUUAUGUUACUGUACGUGAUGCUGUUGCUCAUUAUCGGGGUUCCUCUGUUCUUCAUGGAGCUGGCCGCUGGGCAGAGCAUCCGUCAGGGCAGCAUCGGCGUCUGGAAACACAUCUCACCUCGCCUAGCUGGCAUCGGUUACUCCAGCUGCAUGGUUUGUUUCUUCGUGGCCCUGUACUAUAAUGUGAUCAUUGCCUGGUCACUGUUCUAUAUGGGGAAUUCAUUCCAGUAUCCAUUGCCAUGGGAACAGUGUCCUGUAGAUAUGAUCUCAAACCAAACAGUGAAGGAAUGUGCGGCAAGCUCUCCAACCUCAUAUUUCUGGUUCAGGAAGGCUCUGGAUAUCUCAGACUCCAUAGAUCAGUCAGGAGAGUUUAACCCCAUCAUGACCGGUUGCCUGCUUGCAGCCUGGGCUAUAGUGUGUCUCGCAAUGAUCAAGGGCAUCAAGUCUUCUGCCAAGGUGAUGUAUUUCUCCUCUGUGUUCCCUUACGCUGUGCUGAUCUGUUUUCUAAUCAGAGGGCUCAUGUUGGAUGGUGCUAUCGAGGGCAUCAAAUAUAUGUUUUAUCCUAAGCUGGAGAUUUGGGGGGAAGUGCAGGUGUGGCGUCAGGCUGCUACACAGGUGUUCUUUGCACUGGGUCUGGGUUACGGCUCUGUGAUCGCUUACUCGUCCUACAACCCUGUGCAUAACAACUGCCACCGGGAUGCCAUCAUGGUGUCUGGCAUCAACUUCAUGACCUCAGUACUGGCCUCUCUGGUUGUCUUUGUUGUCCUCGGUUUCAGAGCCAAGAACAUUGCUCUGGAUUGUGUCGCAACCAAUGUGGCCAGGUUGGCAGGAAUGGCAACAACAGGUUCAUCUCAGCAGUGGUGGCCAUGGUUCAACAUGUCGGACCCCAAAUCAGUGGCUCUUCAAGACUACAGAGAAUGGUACAACCACUAUGGAAGCCUGCUAGGGUCAAAUAUCACGGACUGUGACUUGGAAAGAGAAAUGAGCAAGGGAGUGGAGGGCACUGGUUUGGCAUUUAUAGCAUUUACAGAGGCAAUGGCGUUGUUUCCUGCAAGUCCAUUUUGGUCAACUUUGUUCUUUCUCAUGCUGCUGAAUUUGGGCCUCUCCACCAUGUUUGGCACAAUGCAAGGGAUUCUAACCCCACUCAUGGACAACUUCAGAGUGCUGGGGCGCCACAAGACCAUGUUGACAGUGUGUAGCUGUAUCCUGGGCUUCUUCAUUGGCCUGCUAUUCACUCAGAGAAGUGGCAACUAUUUUGUGACCAUGUUUGAUGACUACUCUGCCACACUGCCAUUGAUCGUCGUUGUCAUUUUUGAAACCGUCAGCGUGGCGUGGAUUUACGGUGCUGAUCGUUUCUUGGACGAUGUGGAGGUGAUGCUGCACUGGCGCCCCCCUGUGGUUUAUCACUAUUUGUGGAAGUAUGUUUGUCUGUUCGGCAUGGUGGGACUGCUGGCCGCUAGUCUUCUCCGCAUGGUCUUCAAACGUCCCACUUACACAGCUUGGAACCACACCACGGGAUCUGAAACUAGCCUGGAGUAUCCUGGAUGGGCUCUGGCUAUGCUCUCCAUGCUAAUCAUCGUAGCGUCUCUCCCCGUGCCCAUUGGCUACCUGCUUUCCUUGCUCAAAGGUGGGCGGAGCCUACCAGUGGAGGAGGGUGAAAUUGAGCCUCCAAGAGAACAAUACUCUAAAUGCAGUUCUUCUGAGCCAGAGCCAAAUAACCAUCACUCCCCACUGGACGAAGACAGGAAUCGGCUGCGUUCAACCUUCCUUCCAUUGGGUGCUGAGCACUACAGGUUGCUCCCGCAACAGGAAGAUGGAGAGGAAGAGGAAGAGGAAGACACUGGGUUGUAAGGAAAUGCAGGGACAAAAUACGAAAAUGACAAGACUGUUUAUUGAUCAGUAUUGGAGUUGUUUAUUGGAAAAGAGGGAGGGGGACUCCAUUUAUUCUCAUUAUGCUAAUGAACAUUCAUGAAAAUUAUGCGUCAACCAAGGCCCUGUUUGAGAGGGGCGCUUUUUGUGAGCGCACCAAUCUUUGAAUUGCUUUGUACUUGAAUUCAUACAUGUACUAGUAAUGUGCUCUAUACCAAAAGUGCCUCUUAAAGGAAUAGUUCACCCCAAAAUUUUAAUUUGCAGAACAUUUACUCACCCUCAGGCCAUCCAAAAUAUAGAUUUGAAGUUAAAAUCAUCUUGGUGAAUUUCUUUCUUAGAAACAUGAAGCUUUUCGCUUCACAAGAGGUUAAUCGAUGGACUGGAGUGGGGAUUACUUGUGGAUCAUUGUGGUGAUGUUUUUAUCAGCUGUUUGGACUCUCAUUCUGACGGCACCCAUUCACUACAGAGGAUCCAGUGGUGAGCAAGUGAUGUAAUGCUAAAUUUCUCCAAAUCUUUCUGAUGAAGAAACAAGCUCAUCUACAUCUUGGAUGGCCUGAGGCUGAGUACAUUUUUAGUGUGGUUAGGUGAACUAUUCCUUUAGCGUAUAUGCACAUUUAAAAUUAUAUAUCAGAUUACAACUUUUCCAAAGGAUAACAUGAUUUUACUCUCAUAUAUAGCUGGUGGAAGACUCUAAGAAGUUUGAAAAAAAUAUUUCAGAAUUAUUAAUAUUACUAUAAUACUAAUAAAAGGUUUCAUUGAGUAUUAAACUAUUAGUCAUUAACUUUAUUAAAAUUUAGUUUUAGCCUGAAAUUGGUUAUAAUAUCAAGAGAGAAUUGUAUUAUAUAUGAUUAUUAGAGUUAAAUGAAAUGACAGUAUUUACAUCUGACAAAAAAUUAAGUAUAUUAAUUAUUUUAUAGUUUUUAGUGACAGUAAAUUACGUUUUUGCAAAGGCGCAGAUCAUAGUAUCAACUAUCAUCUGACUAUCAAACGCCACAGAUUGCACAAAUAUUAGGUUAAAGAUACUUAAAAUGGGAAGCACAACUCAUGGUUGAGUAUCACCCACCCACCCAUUUUACGUUUUGUACAACUCCACUGGUAAUACAAUGCAAUUUAAGCCAUGACUCCAAAAUGCCAAACUUUGACUGCACAUGCAGAAAAGGCUUUAUAUUCAUAGUGCAUAGUUGGCAGUAGCAUUGAUUACUUCUGUGAUAUCACAAGAACAAUGCAGAACAGUUAAAAUAAAUGACUGCUAUGUGGAUCCUCAGGUUGAAUCAGGUGUGUGAACACAAAUACGGACGGCAGCUUCAUUUCAUGUUCCUUUGAUGGUUAUAUUAUGGGUGGGAUCCCAUCAGUGUGCUCAGUGUGCUUUUGGUCCGUCUCAGGCUGACCAGAAAGAUUUUAGUCUACAUUUUAGACUGAUCCAUGAGAGGUUUAGUCAUUAGACUAAACAUGAAACAUUUUUUUUUUCAAUGUUUAUGCUGUUGUUCAUGCUUGGAUUUUUGUGUAUGUACAUUAUAGGGGGUGUUUGCAUGUUUACUUCAUUUGUGAAUAUUCUUUUUGUUCAUUCACUUCUGUUGUAAUGUAAUAUGACAAUACAUAGAGUAUGGUUUAGAGACUUCAGAGUAAGUGUUUAUGUGUAUGCGUGUUAAAAACAAGAUUUUGUAAUUACCAUUGCAGUCUGGGCCAUGUAUAUCACUGUAUAUAGUCUGUACCAAAUAAAAAGUUCUUUGGUGAUA